ACGAAGCUAAUUACGCUAUAGGGUUUGGUAUUUGUGACAUCGAUUAACGCAUUUAACAUUCCAAGACUGACAACCUUAACAUAUAUAAAGAAGCGCAGACGUAGUCGUCAGCAUUCAACAUCACAACCUCAAAGAUGGCAUUGGCUCUUCGCUCGCUGUUCCUCCUUUGCGGCUUGACCGGACUGCUGACAGGAGUCGGGUCUUUCCCUACAAGAGUUUUCAAAGAUGUGAACUGUCCUGAAGGAUGGACACAGUUGGACCUCAAGUGUUACAUCGGAGAAGACGACCCUAGGACCUUUCAGGAUGCAGAGGCUGUCUGCAACAUUCUCGGUGGCAAUUUAGUCUCCAUCGCCAGUGACUUGGAGAAUGCAGUUGUUGGAGAGAUAGGUCAGACCGUGAUCACUGGUACUUUUAUGACCGUCUGGAUUGGACUUUUUGACAACAUCGAGGAGGGAACCUACUUUUGGACUGACGGCACAAAUAAUGACCACGAUAAUUUUGAUACUGGGGAGCCUGUGAGUGCAAAUGGUGACUGUGUAGAGAUGGUCACAUCAACUGCAGCAUGGAACACAGAAACUUGCACUACUGAACUUCCCUUUAUUUGCACCAAAGCGGCGGGCCACUAAGUCAUUCUUCUUACAAGCCCGUCUUCUGUCACAAUUGAGUUUCUUGAUCAUGAUGACUCAGUGACGCAAUAUCGACCUUUAUG